CGGAAGCUGCCCCGUGUCUUGGUGACCUGACCUUAGCAGCUGAGGGGACAAACCUUGGCAGCCAGCCUCUCCACCACCAGCCCAACCCAUUGGAUCAGGCAGCUCUCCACGACCAUGCUCUGUAUUGCAUCCCUGGGGAAGCAGCAGCUCUGAAGAACCUGGUGAGGAAGCUGCAGGACACUUUGUCCCACCAGAGCGAGCUCCUCUUCAGCCUGCAGAAAACUGUAGAGGACCAGGAACUCCAGUAUCAUGAACUUCAGGAAAAAGCAGAAGCCAAGAAAUGCCAUGUUCUUGCUGAUCUUGAAGCCCAUGUUUCUCAACUUGAAGCCAGGAACCAGUACCAGCGGGAGCCUCGGGGGCCAUGUCUGCAGAAGGAGCAGGAUGCCCGCAGUGCCACCACCCUCUCACUGAAAGAUCAAGUGAGGGGGAAGCUUGAGGGCCGAGUGCAAGAUGAGGUUUUCUCCCUGCAGGGUGUCAACACCCACAGCAAGUGGUUGAGGUUCUACACAGGCUUUGAUGGAUACCCUCGCCUCAGGGCCUUCUUGGACUUCCUCCUGGAGGGGGAGAGCCUGGAAAAUGGCCCUGCCUGUGCCCUCAGCUCCGAAAACCAGCUCUUCUUGGUGCUUGUCCGGUUGCGCUUGGGUCUCCUUCUCCAGGACCUGGCUUUUCGCUUCCGUAUCUCUGAAUCCACAGCCUGCCGCUACUGGAUGACCUGGAUGGAGCUGAUGGAGCGGAAACUACGACAGCAGGUUCCAGUUGCCUUCAGCCAGCGCUAUGUAGAUGCCUUCAAGCCACAACAGCAACUUCGACAUCACAACAUGAUGCUGGUGGCUCUGGACUGUGCAGAGCUUUUUUUCGAAGCCCAAGGAAGGACGCGAGGCAAACGAUAUGGCUCUCGGAGUCCUCGGGCCCACUAUUCAAUCCAUGGGUCUGCUCUGGCCGCACCUAGUGGCUUCCUCACUUUCAGCACAGGAACAGACCACGAGUUGCCCACACUGCCUCCAUUCCUACAGGCAGGACCUGUGGAGUUGACGGCUGAGCAAGAGGCUGCCAAGAGGCAGGACUGUUCGGAGAUGACGAUGAAUUCUUCCUUGGAGCAAAAACCUUUCUGCUUUCCUUGAUCAUGGAUAAAAUAAAGGCAACAUUCACAUGUCA